UCCCUAUUUCUUGCAGAGAAUUAAAUCAAAACGCGCGAUUACUGUUGGGGCGCUUUGCCUAUAUUGUUAUGCAGAUCGCAUAGCAGGAUGCAAAACUGUUGCCGAAGCAAUAUUCAAACCUUCAAUAGAUUCAUUUCUACACCGAAUUUUGCAAAAAAAGACUUUUGAAAGGAUGGGGUCAUUUUGCAUUGACUUUCACCGCGAAUUCAAAUUGGAGAACGCUUUGCUGGCGCACAACAAUGCAGCGAAUUUUGCCCAAUGUCGGUUAUCACGAUCCAACACCAGACGUAUUCGUAUUAGCAAGAUCUACUUAAGCUACAGGCUGGCAGUGCCGAUUUUCUUGAUUGCAGGCAUUUUAUGGGACUUGAUUGGAAUUGCAGACAAAAAGUGUAAAGUUCCAAUAGGCCUUUGCCGAGCAAUGUGGCCCAUUUAUUUAACAAACUGGAACACUCUGAUUUUGGCCAUGAACACUUCCCUGGCAGCCAUGCUGGUUUUGAAGGACCAAAGAGCAGAUAACAUGCAAGUAAGCUGCAUCGAGAAAUUCUAUUGGGUUCUUAAAAAUCUAUCAAUCGGAUUGUCGCCACUGGUUUCUCUCAUGUACUGGACGUUGGAGUACAAACCAGAAGUGCAUCCUCUGGAUUUUUCCAACGUCAGGGACCACAUACUCAACACCGUCAUUGUGUUAGUUGACCUUCUGGUGUGCGCCCACCCCAUCCGCCUUUUGCACAUUUACCAGCCAAUGCUGCUUGGCCUCGUGUACCCGGCAUUCACAGCCAUUUAUCAUUACAUGUUCCAUGGGGUGAAUCGAAAUGGCAAAAAAUACAUAUACGAAACAAUGGACUGGGGGAAUCCCACCAAAGUGCUGAUUGUAGCAGCAGCAGCAAUUCUAUUUGAAGGAUUUGUGUUCUUUGCAAUGUGGUUUCUUUACUUUAAUACAAAAAGAUGUUUUGUCAGAGACGAACAAGAUGAAUAUGAAAUGACUGAAACGAGUGAUGCAGCAGAAGGGAACACACAAAUUGCUGUUUGAAAUUGUGAGCAAGGACAUAAUAAUCAAAUAAAAUGGAAUCACUUUCAUACUUUUGCCUAGGUUUAUAUUAUUGGCUCGUCGAUAUCACAUUUUGCAAAAGAAGAAACACUAACAAGAUAAUAAAACGAGCGCGAGAUAGAGAAUUGUAAAAACGUAAAGCUUCUCAUACCAAUAAAAUAAAUUAGGAUGAUUAUUAGUAGAAGCUUUUGAUCGUAAAUGCCACGAUGAAUCACAAAUUAUGCCAAAAAAAAAAAGGAAAGAAAAGUAAAUUG